UUCUCCUCAAUUUCCCCCUUGACGGCGGCACCCUUCUCGACCCGUAUUCUUUGCCCUCAUUUGUAUUUGAAAUGUCUUAAAUAAACCUUGAUAUUUACCGCAUUGUUAUUCUUACGGCCCUUACAAUAAGCAACAUCCGCAAGUCAAAACAGACUGAAGUUUGCAUUGAGACGCCGUUGCCAAGACAACGGCAAAACAAUUCAGUCACACCACGCCUUUUAUAUCAGCUUUUAUUGUUUAUUUGGAAGUUUUUGGUAUUGUAAAGAACCAUGGAAGAUGACGAGGAGGAAGGAUUCGGAGCGGCGAUUACCGUGGCCUCGGAAUGUACGGAGGCGGAGAAGGAGUUCGAGAAAGUGUUGGAGGAGAUGCGGGAAGCCGAAGGCCUCAAGAUGUACUCGGACGUGUACACGAAGCUCUACGACUCCUACUACCAGCUGAAAGAUGAUAAAAACAAGAACAUGGCGGAAAUCGAGGCCUACAAGACCAAAAUGGGCCGCUUCGACGACACGAUCGCAGACUACAUGGCGGAGAUCAGCGAGGCCAACCAGACCAUCGAGAAACUGCGUCAGGAUAUCGAGGAGGCCCGAGCGUUGGCGGACGCGAUGCAUGUCCGGGAGCUGGCCAGCGUGGAGUCUCUGGAGACCAUAAAGAAAACCGUGGCAAGGCUGGACAAGGAGCUCACCGCGCUCAAGCGACAGGGCGACGAUGAUCCUGGCGCAACAUCGGCCGCUAAAGAAAAAGAGAAGUUUGAGAAAGAAAAACAGCGGCUACAGGGUGAACUAGACGGAGCCAGACAGCGGCUGUCCGGAGCCACCAGCUACAUCGAGGAGUUGGAACAGAAGCUAAACAAGGCUGAUGAUACCAUUAGUAGCUUGGAAGAACAGCUUGAGGAAGCCGGCAACAACGCAGUUCGCCAGAACCGCCUCGUGGACCACAUGAAGGGCGAGGUGGAGGGCCUCAAGAACGUCGUCGAGGACCGUAGGGUCAUGAUUAAGAACCUCAAUGACACGUUGUCCAAAGCGGAGCACACUAUAGAACGCCGCGACCGUCAGCUGAAGGACAUGCAAAAUAAGCUACAAGCCGCCCAAGCUGAGGAGGAGGCGGCUUUAGCCAAGGCUGCGCUAUUCAGGGAGACCCUCGAAAACACCAAUGUAGAGUUCGCAAAGGCGAAGGAAAAUCUCUGCAAUACUUCCAGAGAACUGAAGAACAUGACGAGCGACAACAAUAAGAUGCGGAACGAGGUGUCAAAGCUGACGAAGCAGGCCGUGCAGCAGAUGAAGAAGUACCAGCGGCUCGAGCAAAUAAAAGCUGACACGGAGAGCGAACGAAACGGACUGCGGCAGCAAGUGACCGUGAUGGAGCGAGAAAUCAUGCUGGGGAACAAGAAAGCUGAGGCUGACAAGCGAGAUAUCGAGAACCUCAACCGAGAGAAGGAGAUACUCAACAAGAGUAUGCAGAAGAUUCAGAACGAAGCCCUCGAGAACCUGCACGCUCUAAAUCUGAUGGACAACCGCCGCAAGCAGCUGGAAACGGAGGUUGAUCAGAGCAAUGCGCAAGUGAACCGGCAGCGGCUUGUCAUCCGACAGCUGGAGAAGGACAAGGAUAGAAUGCUGGAGGAGGCGAUAGCAUUAAACGAAAAAAUUGAUGAGAUAUCAGAGGAAGUUCGCCUUCGUACGGCCGAUAUUAUGGAUCUACAGAAAGCGUUACGCGAAGAACAGAUCAGCACGCACAAACUCAGCGUCGCGCUAGACACAACACGGGCCGAGAGGAAUGUCCUGCAUAAAAACUACACCGACGCGCUCGAUGAGGUUCAAGAUCUCAAGCAGAAACUGCGAAUGCUAGCAUAUCAAAUCGAGCAGCUAAAAGAAGACAUCAGCGGCAAGGAGACCGGUCUAAAAUCAUGCGAAGCCGCGCUUGGCAAAUGCAACAAGAAGGUGGAGUCACUCAGGAUGGAAGUGCAGGCGGGCGUGACGAAACUUGCGGACGCCAGGGCGGAUAUUGCGGCGUUGCGGCAGGAGGAAGCACGACUGAAUAGGAUUGUUCAGGAAGGCGACACUGCCCGCGCCAAACUGACCAAGGAGCUAGAGGGCCUGAUGAACGAACGAGACGUGGUCGGUGCCCAACUGGUCCGCCGGAACGACGAGAUCGCCCUGCUGUAUGAGAAGAUACGCAUCCUUGAGGUCACGUUGCACCGAGGAGAACGACAAUACGAGCAGCGAGUUGAGGACAUAAGAUUGCUGCGGCUGGAGAUCAUCCGGCUCAGGAAAGAGAAGAACUUGCUGUCAAAGGGGAUAGAAAACAUGACUGACCUACGACUUGAGGUAUUCAACCUGGAGCGCGAGCUAGGCCGUGAACGUCUACGUGUACGGGCAUUAGAAGAGGCUCUAGAAACGCCACAGAACGUCCACCGCUGGAGAAAACUCCAGGGCACUGAUCCUGAGAGCGUCCGCCUCACGCAGAAGCUACGCGCCACACAGAAGAAAGUCCUGGCGCAGAGCGAAAUGCUGGUACUAAAGGACAGGGAGCUGAAGGAGACUAAGAAUCUGUACACGGCGGUUAAAGACAUGCUUGCGCUGCAACCCAGCCCUGAGAUACAGCAAACCUUGAACGCGACGCAACGCGCCUUGGCGCAGCGGACUUCGAAAAUGAAGUGUUUGAUAGCGGAGCUGAACAUGCGCGAACAGCAAGUGACAGACCAGCGCCUAGAGAUCCAGCGCAUCACAGACGAGCUGUCAUCCUUCAAGCAGAAGUACUACGAGAUGAAGCGCGCGCUGGACGCGGACGAGGCGCGGCGGCUGCGCGUGCCCACCCCGCCCACGCGCGACUCCGCUGUGCUUAGCUAACUGGCGUGUGGGGAAAUUGUUGGUAAAAGACCAAGGGAUAAAUCCCUUAUGUCAGUAAGGGUCAAUUAUCAGAAAGUUCUAGUUUGCCUAAUAAGUUAUCUCGACAUUUUGAUAAAAUUUCGUGUUUUGUGGUAUAGUUAGCUUUUUUAGCUGGCCCGCAACGGCUUAUCCUUUGUCUAUUGUUAACUAAAACCGCGCGUGCCACUACCUGCAAAAAAAGGGUCGUAUAAUUCUAAUUGGCACCCGAGCGCGGGCUAGUCCAACGUUCAAAAAACCAGUGUAGGUGCGCUCUCCGAUAACGCGCCUUUGUUCCGCAUAUCGAGGACACAUUUUAGACUGGUUCGGUAGCGUUCGACUCGCCGGCACUCAGUAACCGUAUAGGGACCACACAAGAAGUCACAAAUUACUUUUCCAUUUGUUCAUUUUGAAUCUUAUUUCAGUUAGCAUAGGAGGUCUAAUUAAAUAACCGCCUAAAAGUUACCAGGCCCUUUUUUUGCAGGUAAGUGGCACGCGCGGUUUUAGUUAACAAUAGACAAAGGAUAAGCCGUUGGGGGCCAGCUACAAACAAAGCUAACAACUAUAGUUAGGAACCUAUACUUGGAGAGCAUGUAAGUAGGUGGUCGCUCCGCUUUGAUUGACCCGUAACAAUACUUGUUAUUCGUUUGUUUUUUUGUAUUUAAUCCUGUGCCAAUUUAAAUUGAAUAAUCAAAGAUGAAAUAAACAUUGAAAUUUCCACUUAAACUUUAUAAAAAUUCCAGAGGAUGAAAGGUGAAUUAGUCACAGCGCAUAACUAGGUCAUUAAUGUAUACUUUUUCCAGGCUCAAUUCUCAGAAUAUGACUUGACCGUCAUUUUAUUUAUUAUUAUUUAUUUACCUUAGUUGUUGUUAAUGUUCAAAUAAUUCAAUUGUGAAAGCGUAAAGAUGUCGCAUUAUGUACUUAUCGCAUAAUGCCCCAAUAACUUGGCCAUGAAAAGUACCCAGUAGUAAGUUUGUAAAAUAUGUACUUUGAAAUGUGUGGUACAGGUUGUUUAAAUGUAAUGAUUAGUACAUGAUGCAUUUGUUAAUUAGUGUCAUAUAGAUUUCGUCACAUUUUUCAGUAAAUCAAAAAAAAAGUUAAUAAGUAAAUUACAAUAAUAAAAUAUAAAUCCGCCAUUUUACUUUCCAUCUGAUGUAAUAUUUGUGAGUUUUUAUUUUUCUCGUACAAUAAAGUGUUUACGUACUUACUUAGAUAAUUUAACAUACAGGGACAGUUUGCAUGACGCGCAAAUGUAAUGAAAACGAAUGUUAAGGUUUAGCUCAUUUACAGCCAUUGUAUUGUUAUUUUAUUGUAAGUGAUAAUAAUCAAGUAUAGUUGAAAUUCUGUAACAUCGCCAUUUUGAAAUUGAAAGGAAUCGGGAUCAAUUUUGAAAAUAAAUAAAACGACAUAUGUAUUAAUCCGAAAACAA